AAAGUUGGGGAAAAGAAAAAACGGUUCGUCGUGUUAGAGUCAUGCGACUUUGUUGAGUAAACGGCGACGGAGCGAAGAAGCUCCUCUCUUCCCCUCUCUCUCACAUUCUCAUUCUCAUUCUCUCUCUCUCUACAAUCCCAGAGAUCUCUGCUCUCUCUCUUCCUCUAGGUAAUUGGGAUUGCGGGAUUGGAAUUUUUGACCCGGUCAUGGUAAUAGUAGAGGGUGAGGAGAAAAGGAGGACGAGAAGAGAGGGGGGUAAUGGUGGGCUAUGAUAUGACUUGUGGAGGUGGAGAAGACAAGCUAUGGAUUUGUGGGAAAACUGGGGCUGCCGUGAAUCUCCAGAGGGUGGGUUCUAUUGUCCGCGACAUUGGCGAGCCGUGCCUUUCGCAAUCGCCUAUAAAGGUACACAAAAUGCUUAAGCCAGAGAAGUGGCAGGCAACAUUUGACAGUGAUGGAAAGAUUUUUGGUUUUCAGAAGGCACUUAAGUUAAUAGUUCUGGGGGGCAUUGAUCCAUCUAUCAGGGCAGAAGUCUGGGAAUUUCUCCUUGGUUGUUAUGCUCUUGGAAGCACUUCAGAGUAUAGAAAGCAAUUAAGGACAGCCCGAAGGGAACGAUAUGAGAACCUGGUUAAGCAUUGUCAGAUGAUGCAUUCAAGCAUUGGAACUGGUUCACUUGCUUACGUUGUGGGUUCUAGAAUUAUGGAUAUGAGAGCAUCAUCAAAAAAUAAUGGAAAAUGGGAAUCUCAGUUGGAAAGUAGACAAGCUUCUGUUUAUAAUACUAACAGAGUAGAGAAUAAUUGUGAUAGGGGAAAUGAUUGUACAGAUACUUCAUAUGCACACAAAAGUGAAAGUUCUAGUGAUUCAGCCGACCUUAUCAGUGCAAGGGGAUGCACGGACAGUGCAGCAUACGAUUCUCCUUGUUUUGUACCUACUUCUAGUUCACACACUGUCAGUACCAUUAAUCUGGAGAGAGAAGCAGAUGGGUCACAAUGUGUAACUGAAAGUUUUUUUGAUUUUCCUUCUUUACCUGUCACUGAUUUGUUUCGAAAGAGUGAAGAAGAUAACAGUGAAGGUGACUUGCAUAGUGAUAAGCUUUCUACUCAACAAAACUUGAGAUUUAAAGAUGACAAAGUGCAUAGUUUUCGAAUCAAUAAUAAUGUAGAUUUAGUUAUGGAAUCAAUUCGCUCACAAUCUAAUCAAGUCUCAGAUCCCGUCAACUCUGAAAUUGAAACAGUUCAUACUGAUGUACAUGAACCAAUAUUGCAAUCCAAUAAUUUGGAUAGCAGAACAGAAUUAGUAAACCGAUUGAGAAUAUCAGAUGUACCAGGAAAAGAAAUUCUAGACAGAUCCUCACCUCAAAGAGCGGUUGCGAGUGAAAACAGAGUAGCUGAAUGGCGUUGGACUCUCCACCAAAUAGUUGUGGAUGUGGUGAGAACGGAUAGUCAUCUUGAAUUCUAUGAGGACACAAGAAAUUUGGCAAGGAUGUCAGAUAUUCUUGCUGUUUAUGCAUGGGUUGAUCCGGCAACUGGUUACUGUCAAGGUAUGAGUGACUUGUUGUCUCCUUUUGUUGUUCUCUUUGAGGAUGAUGCUGAUGCAUUCUGGUGCUUUGAGAUGCUUCUUAGAAGAAUGCGUGAAAAUUUUCAAAUGGAAGGACUAACUGGAGUGAUGAAGCAGUUGCAAGCAUUGUGGAAUAUCUUGGAACUGACAGACAGGGAAAUGUUUGCUCAUUUGUCCCGCAUAGGUGCCGAGAGCCUGCAUUUUGCCUUUCGAAUGUUGUUAGUACUCUUCCGCAGGGAGUUAUCAUUUAGCGAGGCUCUUUGUAUGUGGGAGAUGAUGUGGGCUGCUGAUUUUAAUGAAUCCUUAGCCUAUGAUUUGGAGGAGAAUUGUCUUGAAGCUUUGAUGGUACAACUUCCGAGUGAUUCUGGAGCUGGAAUGAGGGAUGAAAGUGCAGAUAGUGGUAGUGGUGAAAUAAAGGGUGGCCUACAACAAAUUCAUGGAAAUUUAGAUCGCUCCAUAUCUGACAAUGUUGGAAUGAAAUCAGCAUCAAGCCAUCACUUUUGUGGGUUGACCCGCAGUUUUUGGUCAAGGAAUGAUCAGAUGCAAAACUGUGCUGCAGUGUCAUCAACUAAGAAAGGGGUUGAUGAAUUACCUGUCUUUUGUGUGGCAGCAGUUCUUAUCAUGAAUCGUCAUAAAAUCAUUCGAGAGACACAUUCAAUAGAUGAUAUGAUAAAGGGUAGGAAAAUGUUAAGAAGGCCAUCAUUCCACCUCAGCCUUACCUUGAUUUUGAUUACAACUUUGUCUAGACUCAAAUAUCUUAGUCCUGUUUGAAGACGUUGGGAUCUUCUUUUAUCAUGUUCAAGGAUCAUAUCUAAUUUUCAAUUUGGUAUAAAUGUAUUUGCAUAAAAGAUAAUGACCUUGCCUCAUGCCUAAUGGUAGGUUGCAAUUUAUUGUGUAUACUUGCUAUGGUUAUGAGAACUCUGAGGACCACUUAUCUUCCAUAAAAUUCCUUAAUUUCUAUGCUCGUUCACUUGCAAGUUAUUAUCUUUUUGUUUUCUUUCAUGAACCACCAAGGAUAUCUGGAUUCUUUCGGACGCAUUUGAGAUGUCACAUGUUUAUGUUUUUGCAGUUUGUCUUAGUUGGUUUGCACCUCUAAAUAAACUUUUCAAGACCUUUUUCUUUUUUUUGUUGGUUGUGUGUGUGUGUGUGUGUGUGUGUGUGUGUGUGUGUGUGUGUGUGUGCAAGUGCACAGGCAUGUGUUUGGAGUGGGGAAAGGCAAUAUUGGACUUCUUAAAAUAGUC